GGAGCCUCCCGUGCCUACUCGCGUAGGUAAGAAGAAGAAGAGAGGACCUGAUACAACUGCCAAAUUACCUCAAGGUAAACCUUAAUGCUCAUCAUUCUUUAAGAGUUUUAAUGUAUAAAUUAUUGUUAUUAUUAUUAUUUAGUUUUCCCUACAACUCGUUGUCGUCUCAAGAUGCUCAAGAUGGAACGUAUUAAAGAUUAUUUAUUGCUUGAAGAAGAAUUUGUGCAGAACCAAGAAAGAUUGAAGCCUCAAGAAGAACGAGAUCAAGAAGAGAGAACACGUGUAGACGAUCUACGUGGCUCUCCUAUGACAGUAGGUUCAUUAGAAGAGAUUAUAGAUGACGAUCACGUCAUUGUCUCUUCAGCUACAGGACCAGAAUAUUAUGUUUCUGUUAUGAGUUUUGUCGAUAAAGAUUUAUUAGAACCAGGUUGUAGUGUAUUAUUGCAUCAUAAAACGAUGUCUGUUGUCGGUGUUUUAGCUGAUGAUACAGAUCCUAUGGUGAGUGUUAUGAAACUCGAAAAGGCACCUACUGAGUCUUAUGCUGAUAUUGGUGGUUUGGAACAACAAAUCCAAGAAAUCAAGGAAGCUGUUGAAUUGCCAUUAACACACCCUGAAUUAUAUGAGGAAAUGGGUAUCAAACCUCCUAAAGGCGUUAUUUUAUAUGGUGUACCAGGUACAGGUAAGACUUUAUUGGCUAAAGCUGUUGCGAAUCAAACAAGUGCUACCUUUUUGCGUAUCGUGGGUUCAGAGUUGAUUCAGAAAUAUUUGGGUGAUGGUCCUAAAUUGGUACGUGAAUUGUUCCGUGUAGCAGAGGAGAAUGCACCUGCUAUUGUUUUCAUUGAUGAAAUUGAUGCUGUUGGUACAAAACGUUAUGAUUCUACUUCAGGCGGUGAACGUGAAAUUCAACGUACAAUGUUGGAAUUAUUGAAUCAAUUGGAUGGUUUUGAUUCAAGAGGUGAUGUCAAGGUUAUUAUGGCUACGAAUAAGAUUGAUAGUUUAGAUCCUGCUUUAAUUCGUCCCGGUCGUAUUGAUCGUAAGAUUGAAUUCCCAUUGCCUGAUGUCAAAACAAAGCGUAGAAUCUUUAAUAUUCAUACUUCAAGGAUGACUUUGGCUGAUGAUGUUGAUUUAGAAGAAUUUGUCAUGUCAAAGGAUGAUCUAUCAGGCGCUGAUAUCAAGGUAAUUUAAGAUAGAUAAAGAAAAAAGGAAUGAUACAUAUUUAUUUUUUUUUUAUUAUUAUUUUAUUAUAGGCUAUUUGUACGGAGGCGGGCUUAAUGGCAUUACGUGAACGUCGUAUGAAAGUUAUAGCAGAAGAUUUCCGUAAAGCAAAGGAGAAAGUAUUGUAUAGAAAGAGUGAAGGCACUCCUGAAGGUCUUUAUCUUUAAAUAAAUAACUGUCGUCUAAUAAAGAAAGAAAAAAAUAUACAAAAAAAAAUAUACAUGU